GUCGGGCUGAUUGCCAAUGCCACGUCUGUGCUUCGAGAUCUCACCCACUUGGCAGAUGCCAUGCUUGGUCUCACGGCUGUGCACUCCCAAGCUCCCUUCCACCUGGUGGCCAUGUUUGGCCCUGAGCACGGGUUCAGAGGCACAGCGCAGAGGCACAGCGCAGGUGAGGCACUUGCUGCUGCUACCUUGGUGGAAAGUACUUGUGCACUCUCCUUCUUGCUGCACCACCCCCACCCCCAACCGCCCUUCCACCUGGUGGCCAUGUUUGGCCCCAAGCACGGAUUCAGAGGCACGGCGCAGCACGGAUUCAGAGGCACGGCGAAGAGGCACGGCGAAGGUGAGACACUUGCUGCUGCUACCUUGGUGGAAAGUACUUGUGCACUCUCCUUCUUGCUGCACCACCCCCACCCCCAACCUCCCCUCCACCUGGUGGCCAUGUUUGGCCCGAGCACGGAUUCAGAGGCACGGCGAAGCACGGGUCCCGAUGCACGGUGCAGAGAGAGCAUGGGUUCAGAUCAGAUGAGAGGCACAGCGCAGGUGAGAGAGUUGCAUUGCAAGGUAGGAGGUGCGUGGGUGGGCACGUUGUUAGAGGGGUGCCCAGCAGCAGCUGCGCACCCCCCCAACCUCCCUUUUCACCUCAUGGCCGAGUUGGGGCCCGAGACGAGAGAGCAUGGGUUCAGAUCAGAGGCACGGCGCAGACGAGAGAGCAUGGGUUCAGAUCAGAGGCACGGCGCAGGUGAGACAGUUGCUUGCUACCCAGGUGCGCAGGGAUUGCAUGUUGACUGGUUAGUUGUUGCCUUAGGAGGGGUGGAGAGCACCUGUGCGCCCCAAACUUCCCUUUCACCUCGUGGCCAUGUUGGGGCCCGAGACGAGAGAGCAUGGGUUCAGAUCAGAGGCACGGCGCAGGAGGGGUGGAGAGCACCUGUGCGCCCCAAACUUCCCUUUCACCUCGUGGCCAUGUUGGGGCCCGAGACGAGAGAGCAUGGGUUCAGAUCAGAGGCACGGCGCAGACGAGAGAGCAUGGGUUCAGAUCAGAGGCACGGCGCAGGUGAGACAGUUGCUUGCUACCCAGGUGCGCAGGGAUUGCAUGUUGACUGGUUAGUUGUUGCCUUAGGAGGGGUGGAGAGCACCUGUGCGCCCCAAACUUCUCUUUCACCUCGUGGCCAUGUUGGGGCCCGAGACGAGAGAGCAUGGGUUCAGAUCAGAGGCACGGCGCAGGAGGGGUGGAGAGCACCUGUGCGCCCCAAACUUCCCUUUCACCUCGUGGCCAUGUUGGGGCCCGAGACGAGAGAGCAUGGGUUCAGAUCAGAGGCACGGCGCAGACGAGAGAGCAUGGGUUCAGAUCAGAGGCACGGCGCAGGUGAGACAGUUGCUUGCUACCCAGGUGCGCAGGGAUUGCAUGUUGACUGGUUAGUUGUUGCCUUAGGAGGGGUGGAGAGCACCUGUGCGCCCCAAACUUCCCUUUCACCUCGUGGCCAUGUUGGGGCCCGAGACGAGAGAGCAUGGGUUCAGAUCAGAGGCACGGCGCAGGAGGGGUGGAGAGCACCUGUGCGCCCCAAACUUCCCUUUCACCUCGUGGCCAUGUUGGGGCCCGAGACGAGAGAGCAUGGGUUCAGAUCAGAGGCACGGCGCAGACGAGAGAGCAUGGGUUCAGAUCAGAGGCACGGCGCAGGUGAGAGAGUUGCUUGCUACCCAGGUGCGCAGGGAUUGCAUGUUGACUGGUUAGUUGUUGCCUUAGGAGGGGUGGAGAGCACCUGUGCGCCCCAAACUUCCCUUUCACCUCGUGGCCAUGUUGGGGCCCGAGACGAGAGAGCAUGGGUUCAGAUCAGAGGCACGGCGCAGGAGGGGUGGAGAGCACCUGUGCGCCCCAAACUUCCCUUUCACCUCGCGGCCAUGUUGGGGCCCGAGACGAGAGAGCAUGGGUUCAGAUCAGAGGCACGGCGCAGACGAGAGAGCAUGGGUUCAGAUCAGAGGCACGGCGCAGGUGAGACAGUUGCUUGCUACCCAGGUGCGCAGGGAUUGCAUGUUGACUGGUUAGUUGUUGCCUUAGGAGGGGUGGAGAGCACCUGUGCGCCCCAAACUUCCCUUUCACCUCGUGGCCAUGUUGGGGCCCGAGACGAGAGAGCAUGGGUUCAGAUCAACGGCACGGCGCAGUUGUUGCCUUCGGAGGGGUGGAGAGCACCUGUGCGCCCCAAACUUCCCUUUCACCUCGUGGCCAUGUUGGGGCCCGAGACGAGAGAGCAUGGGUUCAGAUCAGAGGCACGGCGCAGACGAGAGAGCAUGGGUUCAGAUCAGAGGCACGGCGCAGGUGAGAGAGUUGCUUGCUACCCAGGUGCGCAGGGAUUGCAUGUUGACUGGUUAGUUGUUGCCUUAGGAGGGGUGGAGAGCACCUGUGCGCCCCAAACUUCCCUUUCACCUCGUGGCCAUGUUGGGGCCCGAGACGAGAGAGCAUGGGUUCAGAUCAGAGGCACGGCGCAGGAGGCGUGGAGAGCACCUGUGCGCCCCAAACUUCCCUUUCACCUCGUGGCCAUGUUGGGGCCCGAGACGAGAGAGCAUGGGUUCAGAUCAGAGGCACGGCGCAGACGAGAGAGCAUGGGUUCAGAUCAGAGGCACGGCGCAGGUGAGACAGUUGCUUGCUACCCAGGUGCGCAGGGAUUGCAUGUUGACUGGUUAGUUGUUGCCUUAGGAGGGGUGGAGAGCACCUGUGCGCCCCAAACUUCCCUUUCACCUCGUGGCCAUGUUGGGGCCCGAGACGAGAGAGCAUGGGUUCAGAUCAGAGGCACGGCGCAGGUGAGAGAGUUGCUUGCUACCCAGGAGGGGUGGAGAGCACCUGUGCGCCCCAAACUUCCCUUUCACCUCGUGGCCAUGUUGGGGCCCGAGACGAGAGAGCAUGGGUUCAGAUCAGAGGCACGGCGCAGACGAGAGAGCAUGGGUUCAGAUCAGAGGCACGGCGCAGGUGAGACAGUUGCUUGCUACCCAGGUGCGCAGGGAUUGCAUGUUGACUGGUUAGUUGUUGCCUUAGGAGGGGUGGAGAGCACCUGUGCGCCCCAAACUUCCCUUUCACCUCGUGGCCAUGUUGGGGCCCGAGACGAGAGAGCAUGGGUUCAGAUCAGAGGCACGGCGCAGGUGAGAGAGUUGCUUGCUACCCAGGAGGGGUGGAGAGCACCUGUGCGCCCCAAACUUCCCUUUCACCUCGUGGCCAUGUUGGGGCCCGAGACGAGAGAGCAUGGGUUCAGAUCAGAGGCACGGCGCAGACGAGAGAGCAUGGGUUCAGAUCAGAGGCACGGCGCAGGUGAGACAGUUGCUUGCUACCCAGGUGCGCAGGGAUUGCAUGUUGACUGGUUAGUUGUUGCCUUAGGAGGGGUGGAGAGCACCUGUGCGCCCCAAACUUCCCUUUCACCUCGUGGCCAUGUUGGGGCCCGAGACGAGAGAGCAUGGGUUCAGAUCAGAGGCACGGCGCAGGUGAGAGAGUUGCUUGCUACCCAGGAGGGGUGGAGAGCACCUGUGCGCCCCAAACUUCCCUUUCACCUCGUGGCCAUGUUGGGGCCUGAGACGAGAGAGCAUGGGUUCAGAUCAGAGGCACGGCGCAGACGAGAGAGCAUGGGUUCAGAUCAGAGGCACGGCGCAGGUGAGACAGUUGCUUGCUACCCAGGUGCGCAGGGAUUGCAUGUUGACUGGUUAGUUGUUGCCUUAGGAGGGGUGGAGAGCACCUGUGCGCCCCAAACUUCCCUUUCACCUCGUGGCCAUGUUGGGGCCCGAGACGAGAGAGCAUGGGUUCAGAUCAGAGGCACGGCGCAGGAGGGGUGGAGAGCACCUGUGCGCCCCAAACUUCCCUUUCACCUCGUGGCCAUGUUGGGGCCCGAGACGAGAGAGCAUGGGUUCAGAUCAGAGGCACGGCGCAGACGAGAGAGCAUGGGUUCAGAUCAGAGGCACGGCGCAGGUGAGACAGUUGCUUGCUACCCAGGUGCGCAGGGAUUGCAUGUUGACUGGUUAGUUGUUGCCUUAGGAGGGGUGGAGAGCACCUGUGCGCCCCAAACUUCCCUUUCACCUCGUGGCCAUGUUGGGGCCCGAGACGAGAGAGCAUGGGUUCAGAUCAGAGGCACGGCGCAGGUGAGACAGUUGCUUGCUACCCAGGUGCGCAGGGAUUGCAUGUUGACUGGUUAG